GGGGGCCUGUGCUGGGCACGGACACAGCACCCGAGGGCCAGGCGGAGCAGAGCCCGGAGUCCCUCGGCCCGUGCACACUCCUGCCACCCACUUCCAGGACCGGCCGGCGAGGGGGGGCCCCUCUCCUCCGGACGUGUGGGAGGAAAUGCCUUCUCCCCGCGGGACGGGCAGCGGUCGGAGGACGGUCGUCUGGGCUCUGUGCUUCCUGCUGCUGCUCCCCGAGGCCAGCUCCGCCAAGACCGUCUGGAGACGGGCACUGCACGCCAGGCUGGCCGAGAAGCCCCGCGCCGAGGAGGCGGGCGGCCCCCGGCAGCCCCGGGCGGACCUCUGCCCGCCAGCGGUCCGGGUGUUCAUUGCUCAUAACGACCAGCAGCUGACCCAUCGAGGCAGGGACUCCCCACUUUUAGACUGGCUAGUGCAGCCGAAACCUCGGUGGCUUGGUGGCAACGGCUGGCUCCUGGAUGGCCCGGAGGAGGUGCUGCAAGCCGAGGCCUGCAGCACCACUGAGGACGGGGCCGAGCCCCUCCUGUGCCCCACGGGCUACGACUGCCACAUCCUGAACCCGGGGGACGUGGCCGCGGGCAUCCCCAACCGCGGGCAGUGUGUCAAGCAGCGCCAGCAGACCGAUGGGCGACUCCUACAACACAGAUUUUACAAGGAAUACCCAGAGGGCGACUCCAAGAACGUGGCCGAGCCGGGAAGAGGACUCCUGCGGCGCUUCCCAUGAGGCAGUGGGGCAGCCACUGUUCGAGAACACUUUUCCACUUGCUGCUAAGCCUUGGAAACAGUCGGACAAAACAUGAUUUGACCCCCAGAGGCCAUGCCCAGCUCGACAGCAUGACCCCAGAGAUACCCCAGCGUGACCGCCUGGCUGGCUGACUUUGUGGGGGCCCCUUACCAGCACCAGGUCCCCGUUUUAUCACCCUGGGAACACGGCACACCUAGCAGCCCCACUAGACCUGGGGGCUGCAAGGAGCCCACCCUGGAGAGGUCACUGCCUUUGUGAGCUGUGUGAAGCCCCUUUCCAAGAAGGUCUGAGGCCCUGUUAUUACACGUUUCUUCCAGAUUUGGCUGCGGGAGGCAUGGACGUGUGCCACCUCGUCUCAAAAUAAAUCACUCCUUGCAAAACAGAAACGAACUUA